AUGCCUCCCCACCCUCAGAAGAAUAUCCCCACCACCCGUCUCCGUGCCCUCAAGGACGCAAAUCCGACGAAACCGGCAUCGGCAAGUGUCGCGCCGCCCCAAGACGCGCCGAUGGAGUCGCCGGUGGAGGAGCAGGAGACGCCAAAGCAUCCGGAGAGAGGUGGUAAGGGGAAAGGGAAGGGUUAA